UGGAAAUAUUCAUGUGCAGUGUACUAUAUCGAAUAUAUUCACUGUUUAGGAGUUCCUAGUGUCUGAUCGAAAUCGGAAAAAGCAGCCAAUAGCUGGGGUGUUGGUUGACUGGGGUAACUUUCAAAGAAAUUGCGUUUUCAAGUUCUUACGAGGAGGAAAUGUCAUAUACGAAGGUGCUGUGGAGUCGAUGAAGCAACGAACGGAACUUGUUUCGAGCGCAGCAACAAACACAGAGGUGAUCUUACAUGUUCCUGUUUACGGUAAGGUAGGUAUUGCUCUCGAAGAUAAGAGUGUACGAUUCAAAGAAGGCGAUACGGUGGAGGUUUAUAGUAAAAAACUGGUGCCACAAGCGAUCGACUGGUAUCCUCCUGGGUUUUGA